AUGUUCGCUUCAAAGAUCAUCAGCGUGGCAUUGUCCCUUUUCGCCACGUCAGCAUUGGCAAUUACUCCUGCUGAUGUGGUGAACAACAUCAACAUGCUGACUGAGAAGUCUCAGGCUCUGCAAGCGCCAGCACAGAGCUUGACAAUCGUCAACGGGCCGCUCGUCGUUGCCGGCCAAGGGCCCUUCCCUCAGAUUAUCACCGGCUUCACCGACAUCGUAUCUACUGGUUCUGCCGCCCUGGCAUCGAUGCAGGGAAUGGAACCGAUCCCCGCCGGCACUGAGUCUGACGAUGUCUUCGAUGCCUUCCGCGAGUUCGUACGCAUCCACCAGCAACUCUUGAACAUCCUCAUUGGUAAGGCCGGUCUUUUCCAGACUGUACCUUUCAUCGGGGCUCCCGUUGCUGCAGUGCUACGUCAGAUCGAGGCAAUCGUCGACACCCUCGCCUUUGCACUCAUUGAUCAGGUUGAGAGUCGUGCAACCGAUCUUCAAAACCAGGCUGGAUCUCUUGGAAUGACUGUUCAGACUGCAAUUCAACAAUACGAGGGCCUCCAGCUCUCCUAG